GAUUGCAGCUCGCGGACUGCAUUAUGACCGGCGCGGCGACCCUGGUCGUAAGCGACGACGAGAGGAGGAGUCGGUGCAGCGCGUCGCGGCGGCGCCCGUCAAUCGCAAGCCGUCGUCACCGGCGCCGACGUCGGCGACGGCGAUGGCCGGCGGCGGACUGAUCGUGGUGCUGCUGAUGUUGUGGGCGUGCGUGGUUUGCGGUGCGCGAGCAGACUGYCCGGCGGCGUGCGAGUGCAAGUGGCGAAGCGGCAAGGAGUCGGCCAUCUGCGCGUCGGCAAACAUGACGAYCGUGCCACGGCACCUGGACUACGGCACUCAACUGCUCGACCUCAACGACAACCCGCUGUACAGGCUGGGCAAGGACGCGUUCGCCGAUGCCGACCUGCUCAACUUGCAGAAGCUGUACCUGUCCAGAUGCCGGAUCAAGGCACUGGACCGGUACGCGUUCCGCAAGCUCAACAACCUCGUCGAGCUGGAUCUGAGCCACAACAGCAUUCCGGUGGUUCCGUCGGCCGUACUCGAGUCGGUCCCCGAACUCCGAGAGCUCCGGCUCAACGGCAACCCGAUCAUGAAGGUGCCCAACGGUGCGUUCGCUCACGUCCCGCGACUUGUCCGGCUCGACGUGUCGGGGUGCCGAGUGGCACUGCUCGAGUCCACCGCGUUCUCCGGCCUCGAGAACUCGCUCGAGUGGCUCCGGCUUGACAACAAUCAGCUGCGAGACGUCAAGCCAUCCACGGUUGUGUCGCUGGCCCGACUACACGGCGUCCAGCUCAACGACAACCCGUGGAAUUGUUCGUGCAAACUGCGACCGCUCCGAGAGUGGAUGGUCAGGCGGAACGUACCGUUCGGUGCGCCGCCUGUCUGCAAGACACCCGUACGGCUGGCCAAGACGCCGUGGGACAAGCUCGAGCUGGAUGACUUCGCCUGUGAACCACACUCGGUACCCGUGUCGGCCGUCGUGGUAGUCACCGAAGGCGACAACGCCACCGUGUCGUGUCGCAUGUACGGUGUGCCCAUACCGUCGUCCAGGUGGACGCGCAACGACCGGCCACUGGGCCAGACGGGUCGUAGCGUACCAGUCACUGAGGGCCGGUACACGAACCUCACCAUCGUGUCAGCGGUCGCCCAGGACGGUGGCAGUUACGCUUGCGAGCUGGAGAACCGGUCUGGUAGCUCCCGAUCUAACGUUACUGUGGUCGUGGUCAAGCGGUCUCCACAACUGGUACUGGGCGCCGACCGGUACGCCCUGCCAGGGCUCAUCGUCGGUGUUAUACUGGUMCUGUCCUUUUGCCUUAUAUUUCUGUGCGGGUUGGCCAUCCGGUCCAAAGGCAGUCCGACCAGUUCUCGUGGCGUUCCAAUUUCCAGUCCACUCGAUAAUGGCAAUAUCGAGGCCGAUCCGUUCGACCGAUACGARAAGWUYGAAAUGGAUSGGGACGACAACAAUAAGUCGAUGCAGCAUCGCCUGCACCAACUUCCGGCUUCGUCAUCCGAUAUGAAUGGUCGACCGGAUCCACCGGGUAACGCAGAAUCAGCGGCCACAUCUGGCCGACUGCUGAACCAUAGUCGUGACGAGCACGAAGACUACGACGGACUGCCGCCAAUCGACGAGCCGCCAUCUUCAACGGCACCGUCCAUCACGGAUCGGCCAACCGCUCGUCCCAGCCAUCCGACCACCAACGUUCUGAAAAGGUAUGCCACAGUAAUUAUCAAAUGA